AUGGCCACAUCCAAAGCCUGGAACAGCUCGGCGGUGACCGUGUUCAUCCUCCUCGAAUUCGCAGACCACCCGGAACUCCGAGCCUUCCUCUUCGCAACGUUCCUGGGCAUCUACCUUGUGACUCUGGCUUGGAACCUGGUCCUCAUCUUCCUGAUCAGAGGCGACACCCACCUGCACACCCCCAUGUACUUCUUCCUCAGCAACUUGUCCUUCAUUGACCUCUGCUACUCUUCCACUGUGGCUCCCAAGAUGCUCGCAGACUUUUUCCAGGAACAGAAGACCAUAUCGUUCUCGGGAUGUGCUGCGCAGUUCUUUUUCUUUGUGGGCAUGGGUCUGACUGAGUGCUUCCUCCUGACUGCCAUGGCUUAUGACCGCUACGCAGCCAUCUCCAGGCCCCUUCUCUACGGCACCAUCAUGUCGCAGAGCCUCUGUAGACGUCUGGUGGCCGGGGCUUAUGUCGGAGGCUUCCUGAGCUCCCUGAUCCAGGCCAGCUCCUUGUUCACACUCCACUUCUGUGGCCCCAACGUCAUCAACCACUUCUUCUGCGACCUCCCACCCAUCCUGGCUCUCGCCUGCUCCGACACCUUCCUCAGUCAGGUGCUGAAUUGCCUCGUGGUAGUUGCCACUGGAGGAGCAUCGUUCCUCGUCCUCCUGGUCUCCUACAGUCACAUAGCGGCUGCUGUCCUGAAGAUCUGCUCCGCGGAAGGCAAACUGAAAGCCUUCAACACCUGUGCCUCGCACCUGACCGUGGUGACGCUGCUGUUCGGGUCAGCGCUUUUCAUGUACCUGCGCCCAAGCUCCAGCUACUCGCUUAGCAGGGACAAGGUGGUGUCCGUGUUCUACUCCCUGGUGAUCCCCAUGCUGAACCCUCUCAUUUACAGUUUGCGGAAUAAAGAGAUCAAGGAUGCCUUGUGGAAGGUGACGGAGAAGAGAGUGCUCCGCGAGUGCCAAGGCAGGAGCACCUCUCCGUGCUGCUGCAGACGUCCCUGA